AACAAGAUGGCGGACUGACUGACGAUCGAAAGGUUUAAUGUUAUAAGUGUUCAAAUGGUUAAAUAAGAAAUCUGAAGUACACAUUUAAGAAUGGACUCUGAUCAAGAGGAAGUGCAUGACCAUCAGAGGGAUGGUAAAGCGUGUGGUGGUUUGCGGAAAGAGUUGAAAGAAUGCAUUCUUAAGAGUGACUGUGUGGUCAAGAAUAAAAACAAUCCCAAUUACUGCAUGAGGUCAGAAGCAGAAGGUGUUACUGAUGAAUGUAGAAAAAUACAGUAUGCAUUCUUUGAAUGCAAAAGAUCAAUGCUUGACUUUAGGGCAAGAUUCAGGGGAAGAAAGGGGUAUUGAAAGAUGGUAUAACAAGCACAAGGGAUGGCAUUCAAGUCUUUGCAUCUUGAACUGAAAUAUGGCUUGACAGUAAAUAUAAAGUCAAUACUGGAAACGUUAAUGAAAAACUGAGAUCAGAAAAUGUAAAAAGAAAUACAAACUACUGUCUUUUCAUCAA